AUGGAGUUGCGUGUUAUAUUUUCAAACUUUAUCAAUAGCAAAUCAACAGCUGAUUGUGGAUCAUAUUUUAAAGAUAAAAACAUUGUAGCGGUUGAAUUUUUUAUAGAUGAGUGGACCGCGGGAAACAAUUCAUCAAUAAAUAAGAAUCAAUCUACUAUUCAAGACUUAAUAGAUUAUCAAACAAAUUCAUUUUCGAUGAAAUCGUAUGCAUUGUUAAAAUUGAUAAAAGAUAAUGUUCAAUCUCAACAACAACAACCACAAUCAUUGAGUGGUAGUAGUGAUAGCGAUGAUAUUGUUGGUUCAACACCGACUCUGACCAACAGUAGUGAACAUGUAAAGGAUGCUGCCGAUACCGACAAGGUGUUGGCUGCUCUAGCCACAAAGUAUCCGGGUCACAUCGUCAAGACAAGCAACAGCGGUGGCGGUGGCGAUUUCAUUUGGUUCAACUACGGUGGAUCGAUCUCAAAGAUCAUGGUGGUUCACGCUUCCUUCACAGAGCUAGUGGCGAUCGUCAAGUUCCCAUUCGGCAACAGCUCACUCUAUAGCGCUCCGCUGCCACAGGAAACCUAUUCGUUCAUCAUGAAGGGCGAGUGUCUCACCUGCACCGAUUGUACUCUCACCGAACUAUUAUUGAAUCAAAAAGUUUAA